CGGCCGUCGCGGCGCUUGUGGCACCGGGAGCUUCAGGAUCCGAGUCCGGCUGUUGGCGCGGGGUGGCGGAGCGGCCGCCGGGACCAUGGUGUUCUACUUCACCAGCAGCGGCGUUAAUUCAUCUGCUUACACUAUAUACAUGGGAAAGGAUAAAUAUGAAAACGAAGAUCUGAUAAAGUAUGGCUGGCCAGAAGAUAUUUGGUUUCAUGUGGACAAAAUCUCUUCAGCUCAUGUAUACCUUCGAUUACAUAAGGGGGAGAAUAUAGAAGAUAUUCCAAAGGAGGUGCUAAUGGACUGUGCCCACCUUGUGAAGGCCAACAGCAUUCAAGGCUGCAAGAUGAACAACGUUAACGUGGUAUACACACCAUGGUCUAACUUGAAGAAAACUGCUGACAUGGAUGUGGGGCAGAUAGGCUUUCACAGGCAGAAGGAUGUAAAAAUUGUGACAGUAGAGAAGAAAGUGAAUGAGAUUCUGAACCGAUUAGAAAAGACUAAAUCGGAGCGGUUCCCAGACCUGGCAGCAGAGAAAGAAGGCCGAGACCGUGAGGAGAGAAAUGAAAAAAAAGCCCAGAUUCAGGAAAUGAAAAGGAGAGAGAAAGAAGAGAUGAAGAAGAAGAGGGAAAUGGACGAACUUAGGAGCUAUUCAUCCCUAAUGAAAGUUGAGAAUAUGUCUUCAAAUCAGGACGGCAAUGAUUCUGAUGAAUUCAUGUGAAAAGAGGAAGGACCUUUGAAAGAUGUGACUGGAAGGACAGUGGCAGAGCUUUUGAUUUCAUCUAUGUUAUAAUGAUAAAA